AUGGGAUCCCAAGGCAAGCCGUCGUCCAAAUUUGAGAGUCUUCCCUUGUCAACAAGCGGGCCGCUAGAAUGCGCGCUCAAGGGCACCGUCCUACUCACCCAUCCAUACUUCAACAAGGGCUCAGCCUUCACCCACGAAGAGCGUCGAGACUUUGAACUUGCUGGGCUCCUGCCCCCAAGCAUCCAAACGCUGGAGCAGCAGGUCCAGCGGGCGUAUGAACAGUACAGCGCGCAUCCUGAUGAUCUUUCCAAGAACACAUUUUUGACCUCGAUGAAGGAACAAAAUGAGGUGCUCUACUUUAGGCUGCUCCACGAUCACCUGCCCGAGAUGUUCAGCGUAGUAUACACGCCCACAGAAGGUGACGCCAUCCAGAACUACUCGCGUAUUUUUCGGCGUCCAGACGGAGUGUUUCUCAACAUCAACGAUGCCGACCGUGUUCACCAUGAUAUUUCGCUUUGGGGCACCCCAGAUGACAUUGACUACAUUGUCGUCACGGACGGGGAGGAGAUUCUGGGAAUUGGGGAUCAGGGUUGCGGUGGCAUUCUGAUCUCAAUCGCAAAGCUUGCACUCACGACACUCUGUGCUGGUGUCCAUCCUAACCGUGUCCUACCCGUGGUCCUGGAUUGCGGGACGAACAACCAGGAUCUGCUGGAUGAUCCAUUGUAUCUUGGACUCCGGCACAAGCGAGUGACGGGCAAGCGUUAUGACGACUUUGUUGAUACAUUUGUCAAGUCGGCGCGGGAGCUGUAUCCGAAGGCUUACAUCCAUUUUGAAGAUUUUGGACUACUCGAAAAGUACCGCCCGGAGAUUCCUUGCUUCAACGAUGACGUCCAAGGUACCGGCUGUGUAACACUUGCCGCCAUCUUUUCCGGUCUGCAUGUCACAAAGCAGAACCUAGAAGAUCUUCGCAUGGUGGUAUUCGGCGCUGGAACGGCGGGCGUUGGCAUCGCUGAUCAGGUCCGUGACGCCAUCGCUACAGAACGAGGCAUCAGUAAGGAAGACGCGGCAAAGCAGAUCUGGUUCGUUGACCCUGAAUACCCGUUUUAUGCUUGCGAUGGAGGAGGUGCUGACACUACCAGGCUGAUUGACAAACAAGGGCUACUGACUACCGGAGUGGAAUCACUGUCAAAGACUCAGAAGCCCUUUGCAAGGUCUGAAGAUGAGUGGAGUGGAAAGGACAGAGAUCUGUUGGCCGUGGUCAGAGAAGUCAAGCCAAACGCGCUGAUCGGAACAUCCACAGUCCCCAAAGCGUUUACGGAGGAGAUCGUGCGCGAGAUGGCCUCACAUGUCGAGCGCCCCAUCAUCCUUCCGUUGUCGAAUCCGACGCGCCUACACGAAGCUAUCCCUGCUAAUUUGCUAAAAUGGACAGACGGAAAAGCUCUGGUAGCAACUGGAAGCCCGUUCAAACCUAUUAAAGGACCAUGGGGUCAAGACGGACAAGAGGUCGAGAUCGAGGUUGCCGAGUGCAACAACAGUGUCGUGUUUCCAGGCAUUGGUCUCGGGUCUGUCCUGUGUCGCGCUCGGCUUGUUACAGACAAAAUGCUGGUUGCAGCGGUGGGAGGGGUGGCAGAGCUGAGCCCGGCUCUGAAGGACGAUACUGCGCCAUUGUUGCCCGGUGUUGAGGUCGUGCGGGAUGUCAGUGCAAGAGUGGCCCGCAAGGUGAUUCAGGCAGCUCUGGAGGAGGGUGUUGCAACAGAACAGGGUAUUCCAGAGAAUGAGGACGAUCUUGACAAGUGGAUCAAUGAGCAAAUGUGGAAGCCCGUGUAUCGACCGCUCAAAUUUGUGGAAAAGGAGGGAGCUACAAGAGAGGCAAAGGGUGAGAUGAGGGUUGUUGGAAGUCUGGCAACACGCGACUGA